GGGGCACAAAUGGAAUCAAAUUGGUGUGGUGGAGCACAAGUGGAAUCAAAUUGGUGUGGUGGGGCACAAAUGGAAUCAAAUUGGUGUGGUGGAGCACAAGUGGAAUCUAAUUGGUGUGGUGGGGCACAAAUGGAAUCAAAUUGGUGUGGUGGGGCACAAGUGGAAUCAAAUUGGUCUGUUGGGGCACAGGUGGAAUCUAAUUGGUGUGGUGGGGCACAAGUGGAAUCAAAUUGGUGUGGUGGGGCACAAGUGGAAUCAAAUUGGUCUGGUGGGGCACAGGUGGAAUCAAAUUGGUCUGGUGGAGCACAAGUGGAAUCAAAUUUCUGUGGUGGGGCACAAGUGGAAUCAAAUUGGUGUGGUGGGGCACAAGUGGAAUCAAAUUGGUCUGGUGGAGCACAAGUGGAAUCAAAUUGA